AUGUUUAAAAAAUAUAUUUUAUUUUUUUUUAUAGUUUACCUAUUUGGGUUUAUAGAAAGUUUCACCCCCACUUCUUUUUUUUUAAAAAAACCAAGUGUUAAAAAUUAUAAUAUUACUCAAGCAGCACCUAUAAAAUUAGAAUAUAAAUUAUUUAAUCAAAAAAUUGAUCAUUACAAUUUUCAACAUGGUAAUUUAACUUUUAAGCAAAGGUUUUUCGAAUAUUCAAAUUAUUAUGAUGGAAACGGACCAAUAUUUUUUGUAUUUGGUCCAGAACAAGAACUUAAAGAAGAUUACAUAAAUAAUAGGCAAUAUGAAGAAUGGGCUAAAACAUUAAAUGCAUCAAUCAUAUGUUUAGAGCACAGAUACUAUGGAAAGAGUAUUUUUACAGAUCAUUUAACCACAGAAAGUUUGCAAUAUUUAAAUAGUGACCAAGCAAUUGCAGAUGUUGCUUAUUUUAUAACAUGGUAUAAAAAAGAAAAUAAAAUAGACGACGGUAAAAGGUGGGUGGGGUUUGGGGCAUCAUAUGGCGGAACAAUAGCUGCACAAUUUAAAAUAAAAUAUCCUCAUUUAAUUGAUAUAAUAGUUUCCUCAAGUGGACCUGUUUCUCCAGAGUUAAAUUUUUUUCAAUAUUUAGAAAUUGUUCAAAAUACAAUUAUUUCUGAGGUUCAAGAUGGUGAGCGAUGUGUAGAAAAUAUAAGAAAUGCAACUCUAGAAAUUGAAGAAAUAAUUAAAUUUGGCAACCAUAAUCUAUUAAAAGAUAAAUUUAGAUUGUGUGCCCCACUUGAAAAUGAAAAAGAUUUUUCUUUAUUGGAGUUUACAAACUCAUUGGUGUUUAUGGAUACUGUUCAAUACUAUGACAGUAACAAAGAUAAAUUACAAAAGAUUUGUAAUAUACUAAAUAAUGAAUUUAAAAGUAGUUUAGAUAAUUAUAUUCAAAUAUGGUUAGAGGUGUCAUACCCCAAUGUAAAAUGUAUCAAUGUAAAUUAUAAGAAUCAUAUUGAAAUAUGGAAAGAAAGAAAUGUAGACCACCAAUCAAAAGCAUGGCUGUACCAAACCUGCACAGAAUAUGGCUAUUUUAUGACAACUGAAAGUAAAAACCAACCAUUUGGAUCACUAUUAAAUUUACAAUUUUAUACCGAUAUGUGCCAAGAUAUAUUUGGCAUAAGAAAUAUGAUACCUAACACAAAAUGGGCAAAUGAUCAAUAUGGUGGUUUCAAAAUCAAUUCAGAGUCAAUUAAAUCAAUACUUUAUAUCAAUAGCAGUCUCGAUCCAUGGUAUCCGUUAUCAUUUACACCCAAUAUGGAAAAAAAUGGGAUCAAUACAUUAUUCAUAAAAGGUCAUUCCCAUUGCAGCGAUAUUUACAAGAGUAGCAAUACAUCAUCUAAUGAAAUUAAAAAUGCGCAUAAUUCAAUCUUUAAUUUUAUUCAAAACAAUUUAGAUAAAUAA